AUGAUCCACCCACUUCAAGCGGUUCUGACAACAAAUGAUGGUAAUCUAGUCUUUUGUGUUGUUGAAAAUAAUAUUUUAGUUUUCAGGGUGGGGCACUCUGGGGGAGGAGAUUUCACACUUGUAGGACGGUGGACCGAUGAUGCGGACAAGAGUGCUUUGAUCAAAGAGAAAGUUCUCAAAGAGCACUCCAAGCAAGUUGCCGAAAACAAUGCGAAGAGGCAAAAGACUGGGGAAGCGAUCGUGUCUCAUGUAAAGGUGCCUAAGGUUCCUCAGCCUGGAAAAGGUGCCCCAGCCUUCUACAGCAUGAUUCGUGGACUUACUUUAUCCAGCGACGAGCUGCUUCUUUUCGCUUGCACUGAUUCUGAUAAAUCAGUCAUAACUCUAGGAAUUGACCUUCAGAACCCUACAGACUGCUUGAAGUUCUUGAAACGUCAAAGUCUUCCAAAGAGGCCGAAUGCUAUAUCCUUGACCAGCGAGGAGAGCAUUGUGCUCGUGGCUGACAAGUUCGGAGACGUAUAUCGAGUCAGCGUCGAUCCUAAUGUGCCCGCUGUAAAAGAAUCUGAAAUCGAGCCCAUUCUAGGGCAUGUUUCGUUACUUACGGACGUUGCAUAUGCAACGGACAAGCAUGGGAGGAAAUAUGUCAUCACAGCGGACAGAGACGAGCACAUUCGGGUUAGUCAUUACCCACAGUGUUACAUUAUAGACAAUAUGCUUUUUGGCCACAAGACAUUCGUGACUUCUUUAUGUCUUCCGCAAUGGAACCCUCGCCUCUUACUCAGCGGUGGUGGUGAUGCUUUCAUUUGCGUGUGGGACUGGAAAGAAGGCCAGUUGCUCGAUUCCUUUGACUUUAGCAGUCUUCUAAGGCCGCAUUUGAACUCCUCGCAUUUGGCACCAGAAAAAUUCCAGAACGAAAAAGGUGAUCUUGUUGAAUUUACAGUGGCUCAGAUAAAGACAUUCAGGGAGUUGAAUCUCGUUGUUUUCUCCAUCGAGCAAUCGAACUGUAUUUUUGUCUGUCAAUUAGACGGGGCCUCGGGUAAGCUCGCUCAUUUGCAAACAGUGAAGCUUCCUUCCCACGUCAUAGCCCUAGACUGCUCUCAAUCUGAUACAUUUUGUGUUACGAUGGAUAGCAGGAAGAGCGAGGACAAUUUUGCGGAGUUUUACACUUAUAACAAUGGGCUUUUCCGUAAAUCUGUUGGCAAAACCGAUGCGUUCAACAAAUGUAUAGUAGAAAGUGUGGUCUCACAGAAUCUCACUGUAGAGACAGAAGAAGGGAUAUAUCCCCUCUACCAGCUGAAAUGCCUGAGAAAGAGAGGAGAGCAUUAA